AUGUCUGGAGCCAUGAGAAUCUUUUUCUUAAUUUUUGCUGCUCUCAUUCUCCUUGCUGGCAUUUUCUCAGCUAGCGGAGGGAUGCACAGAGAGCCACGUUGUCUGAAACCGGACGGUCACCGUGAAGCCGAGUGCCUUUCCUUUGAGGUUAAGAUUGGGGGCUGUAGAACUGAACUGACACCACUCUGUUGAAGAAAAAGGAAGAACAAGUACAAGCCAAGCCGCAGCUGCAAAAAAAGAGAGGCGAAGA